GGUAAAAAAAACCCCACUUCCUGUCGUCGUCUACUAACAUCUGAAAGAAAUCUUAUGGAAGUAUUUUGGUUUGAAAGAAAAUAAUAAUAAGAUAAUUUCAAGAUGUCUUCAACGAAGAGAGUGAACACAACAGCCACAGCUAGACUGAAACAAGAUUACAUGAGAUUAAUGAAAGAUCCUGUACCAUAUGUUAGAGCAAUUCCACUUCCAUCAAAUAUUUUAGAAUGGCAUUAUGUUGUUCAGGGACCAGAAAAAACUUCUUAUGAAGGGGGUAUUUAUCAUGGAAAAUUGAUUUUCCCAAGAGAAUUCCCUUUUAAACCUCCUAGUAUUUAUAUUAUUACACCUAAUGGCAGAUUUAAAUGUAAUACAAGGUUGUGUUUAUCUAUAAGUGAUUUUCAUCCAGAUACCUGGAAUCCAGCAUGGUCUGUUGCCACUAUUUUAACAGGUUUACUAAGUUUUAUGUUAGAGAAGAGUCCAACAUUAGGUAGCAUAGAAACUUCAGAUUACACAAAACGUCAACUUGCUUCUCAAAGUGGACCAUUUAAUCUCAAUAAUAAAACAUUUUGUGAACUAUUUCCUGACUUAACAGAGGAAAUUCAGACAGAAAUAAAGAGAAGAGAGGAAGAAUUAAAACAAGCGACAGAAAGUAGUGGACGAUUAUCUAAUAACUCUCGUAUUAGAAACAAUAGCCCAUCAUCUAAUGAAAUAUAUAAUAACAAUGGACAAAACCAGGGAUUCUGGGGUAGUGCCCUGGCUAAUAUAUUUGUGAUUGUUGGAUUUGCGGCCUUCGCAUUUACUGUCAAAUAUGUUCUGAGAAGUGUGAUCGAUUAACAGAAAGAAGAGUUAUCUCUUUUGUUACAUGGUAUAUACUAACAGAUGUUGGAUGGAGAAUAAUAAUAAGAUAGCUGAUUACUGAGUAUUAUUUUCAUACUCAUUAUUAAAUACACUGACUAACCCAUAAUAAUUUAUAGUAGUAAUCAUUUCAUUCAUUCACUCUGUACUCUUUCAUAAUUAUUUUCACAGUAAAUAUUGGUAUGUGCCAGUCAAAUUUUCAGUAAUGUUAAGAAACUAAUUGAAAAGAAAUAUAUAAUUGAUAACUACAUAUUUUAAAUAUAUAAUUAUUAAUUAAAAUUCUCAACAAUUUCAUAGGAAAAUAUGUUGAAUCUACCACAGUUGGGGUUCUCUUUUAAGAGCUUAUUCGUAUAGGAAAGUGAAUCUUUUUAUUGUUUUUAUAUGCCCACAUUUUAAUCUGGUUGUUUAUUGCUGUUACACCCUGUCCAUCUUUUUGUCUGUUCGUCUGGCGUUCACAUUUCAGAGCCUACAAUAAACUAUAUAACUUUUUGAAAUUUUGAGAUUUUCAACUUCCAUAUACCCCUUAGUCCGGAUCCGGAAAUCUUGUUAGCACAAUUGUUGCUUGAUUUGUAAUCCUUUCUGUCUGAAAUGUAUGUUGAAUAUGUAUCCUAUGGAAAAAGAGAACACUUGGUUUUAAACGACUUCCAGGGUGGUUCUAUUGAUUUUCAAAGAUGUUUAAUAACAAUAGUUAUUUCUCUUUGUUACAAAAACUUGUUAGUGCCUUAGUAGCCUUAAUAAGAAUCUGAUAUUUUUAAAAAUUUGUGUGAGUUGUUUAAAUAUUGAAAGGAAGAAGCCUUGUGAUUUCUAACAUUAAGAGACCUUUUGUUAUGUAAUAUUGUUAACAUCUUAGAGGCUUUAAAUAUGAUUUGAUCAUUUCGACAUUUUUAUGUGUUGUUAGCUCAUAACAGACUUUAACAACUGUUGGGCGUAUGAUUCAUUGUCCUGCAACCUAUGUUAUAUUUAUAAUAUAAACUGUAAAACUGUGAUGACAGAUGAUAAAUCAGCAAUCAGUGCCAGGCUGUAUCAAAUGUGUGAUUGCAAGCCAUGAUUUGGUGGUAUGGAUGAUUUUUACACCAAUUUCAUACUUAAUUAUGACUUACAACCAUAACUGCUGAACACAGCACUGUAUCAUGAUUUAAAUAUAUCUACUUGUAAAUAUGUAAAUAAACCAAAAAAAGCAUAAAUAUUGCACUAUAUAUAUUAUUUAUCUUACUAUUCUUGUGUAUUUAAGUCAAAUGUGCAAUACACAAUUUUAUAUUUGGCUUCAAUAACCCUGAGAGACACAGACAGUGAAUUCUAUGAAAUAUUUAUUGUAAAGUUGACUCAUAAAUUAGAAGAUUAGUUGGUCUAAAUUUUGUAUCAUUUGUUUUUAUUUAAUUACAUGUGAAUUAUAAAGUCUGAAAAUCUUGAAGUUUGAUUAAAAACAUGGAGAGUAUUAAAAAUAUGUUUGAUUGUCUACAUUCUAGUCAACAUGAAGCUGAGAGUGUAAAUGAAGGAAGUAGAAGCUCUGAUUAGAAUUUAAAUAUCCUGUUAACCUUAGGCGGCCUUUUCAUCCCCCGUUUUGUUAUUUAAAUGGUACAGGGUUAACCAAUUCAAGAAAAUGUUCAUCUUGAUCAAGAUAUUUAAUGACAUGAUACUAGUCAUUUGUUCAUAUAUAAAAUACAGGUAGCGGGGUGUAUAGGAAGAAGACUGUUGAUUUGUUUUAACAUUGUGGGAAGUAUUUAAGGAUUGGGGAAGUCAAUAGUAUUUAAAGCAAGUUAAUCCAUAUAUUAUUAGCAUUUUAUGGAGAUCAACUUUUUUCUUGAAGUCUUUUUGAGAUAUACUAUUUAGAGACUAAAUAAAUGAUGAAAUGGUCUUCAAAAGAGAAAGAGAUAAAACGACAGAUAAUGAUUAAGCAUAUACUGUGUUAUUAAGUAGUAAAGCAUCUUAUUUUAUCAAUAAUUUUAAUUUCUAGAAGGGGUAAGCUUUAACCAUGAUGUUAAGCAAAUUUGGGUUGAGAAUCAACACGUACCUCCUUCAUUGUACCUUCCUGCAUUAAUAUAUACUUUUGAUACUCACUGUUUUAUGUCUUUUAUUUGCUGAGUUGUCUUCCUUUGAAACUACAUUUAUUAAUAUAAAUUUCUGUAUUAAAGCUACUUAUAUUUUCAA